GGUUGGCUUUUUAUCAAAGCUGCCUGCCCUUAAACCUUUAAAGUCAUGGCCUCAAACGCUGCAGGUGCAGGAAAACAGCUCCGAAUCAUUUUCAUUGGUGAUUCUAAUGUUGGGAAGACAUCAAUAUUCAAAUUAUUUGAAAAUCAUAAAGUCUUCAAGUCACCUGUGGUCACAAUUGAUGCUCAGACAAUAGAAAGAAACAUUGUCAUUGGACCACCAUAUGAGACUGUAAAGCUCUUGAUUUAUGAUACAGCUGGUCAGGAAAGGUUUAGGACCUUCACAAGACAGUAUUUUAGAGAUGCAGACAUUGCCUUUCUUGUUUUCAGCAUCACUGAUGGUGAUUCAUUCCACCACAUUGGAGAGAUAUGGAUGAAAGAGAUUGCUGAUAACAGAAGGGGUGACACUGAGAUGAUUCUGAUCGGUAACAAAUCUGAUCUGGCUGAUGAGAGGGUUAAUCCUUUAUCAACUAGCAAGCAAUUCGCUGAGCAAAAUGAGAUGAAGUUCAUUGAAAUGUCUGCCCUUAAAAAUGAUGAUUUUCAAAAGUUGUACGACGUGCUUAAGGAAGCUGUGACCGAUGUGAUAAAGAAAGGAAGAAGAACAAAGGAAGAAGAGAUUAAGAUUAACAAUGAUGAGCCAGCUCCACGAAAUGACAAAUGGUAUUCGAAAUGUAGAAUUUAAGUGACAUGUAAACUUUAUUAGGCCAUGAGUAAAGUGAUACU